GGAGGAAGAUGAAGAUGAAGAGGAGGAAGAUGAGGAAGAGGAGGAGGAGAGGGAGAAAAAUGGGGUGAAAAAAGGAAAAAAUGAGGAAAAAUCCAAAAAUUCCGGGAAAAAUGGGGAGAAAAGGGGGAAAAUGGAGAGUGAGGAGGAGGAAGAGGAGGAAGAAGAGGAAAGGAGGGAAAACGGGGCUAAAAAGGGGAAAAAUGAGGAAAAAAUGGGGAAAAAUGGGGCAAAAAUGAGGAAAAUUGAGAGUGAGGAAGAGAAGGAGGAAGAGGAGAGGAAGAAAUUUGGGGUGAAAAAAGGAAAAAAUGGGGAAAAAUCCAAAAAAAUGAGGAAAAAUGGGGUAAAAAGGGGGGAAAUGGAGAGUGAGGAGGAGGAAGAGGAGGAGGAAGAGGAAAAGAGGAACAAUGGGGUGAAAAAAGGAAAAAAUGAGGAAAAAUCUAAAAAUUCCGGGGAAAAUGGAGGGGGAAAGGUGGAAAAAAUGGGAAAAACCGGGACAAAAAAGAGGAAAAUUGAGAGUGAGGAGGAGGAGGAGGAAGAGGAAGAGGAGAGGAAGAAAUUUGGGGUGAAAAGGGGGGAAAGUGGGAAAAAAGGGGGAAAAAUGGGGCAAAAUGGGGCAAAAAGGAGGAAAAUUGAGAGUGAGGAGGAGGAGGAGGAAGAGGACAGAAUAAAAAUUGGGGUGAAAAGGGGAAAAAUUGAGGAAAAAUCCAAAAAUUCCAGGAAAAAUGGGGAGAAAAAGGGGAAAAUGGAGAGUGAGGAGGAGGAAGAUGAGGAGGAGGAAGAGGAGAGGAAGAAAAUUGGGGUGAAAAGGGGAAAUAAUGGGGGGAAAGCGACAAAAUCUGGGAAAAAUGAGGAGAAAAAGGGGGGAAAAGAGGAAAAAAUGGGGAAAAACGGGAGAAAAAGGAGGAAAAUUGAGAGUGAGGAGGAGGAAGAUGAGGAAGAGGGAGAUGAGGAGGAAGAGGAAGAAGAGAGGAGGAAAAAUGGGGAGAAAAAGGACAAAUUCAGGGCUGAGACGGGAAAAAACCACCCGGGAAAGGGAAAAAAUGGGGGGAAAAAAGGAAAAAUGGAGAGUGAGGAAGAGGAGGAGGAGGAGGAAGAUGAGGAAGAAGAAGAUGAGGAGGAAGAUCCGGGCGGGAAAAACAGGAAAAAAACGGGAAAAAUCGGGGAAAAGAGGCAAAAAGUGACCAAAAAACGGGUCAAAAAAGCGAAAAUUGAGAGUGAGGAAGAGGAGGAGGAGGAAGAAGAGGAAGAGGAUGAUGAGGAAGAAGAUCCAGGCCAGAAAAAUAGGAAAAAAAUGGGCAAAAACGGGGAAAAGAAACAAAAAACGGCAAAAAACCGGGAAAGAAAGGGGAAAAUGGAGAGCGAGGAAGAGGAAGAUGAAGAUGAGGAGGAAGAAGAGGAGGAAGAGGAAGAUCCAGGCAGGAAAAGUGGGGAAAAAACGGGAAAAAUCGGGGAAAAGAAGCAAAAAAAUGCAAAACAUGGGUCCAGGAAAGCAAAAAUUGAGAGUGAGGAAGAGGAAGAUGAAGAUGAUGAGGAGGAAGAAGAAGAUGGAGGCAGGAAAAGUGGGAAAAAAACGGGAAAAAUCGGGGAAAAGAGGCAAAAAAACACCAAAAAUGGGGCCAGAAAAGUGAAAAUGGAGAGCGAGGAAGAGGAGGAGGAGGAAGAAGAGGAGGAGGAAGAGGAAGAUGAAGAUCCAGGCAGGAAAAGUGGGAAAAAAACGGGAAAAAUCGGGGAAAAGAGGCAAAAAAUGACCAAAAACGGGGCCAAAAAAGUGAAAAUGGAGAGCGAGGAAGAGGAGGAGGAGGAAGAAGAGGAGGAAGAAGAAGAUGGAGGCAGGAAAAGUGGGGAAAAAACGGGAAAAAUCGGGGAAAAGAGGCAAAAAACAGCAAAAAAUGAGGCCAAAAAGCGGAAAAUUGAGAGCGAGGAAGAGGAAGAUGAGGAAGAUGACGAUGAGGAGGAAGAAGAUGAAGAGGAAGAUGAAGAUCCAGGCAGGAAAAAAAUGGGAAAAAUCAGGGGAAAGAGGCAAAAAAUGACCAAAAACGGGGCCAAAAAAGCGAAAUUUGAGAGUGAGGAUGAGGAAGAUGAGGAAGAGGAGGAAGAAGAGGAAGAUGAAGAGGAAGAUCCACGCGGGAAAAGUGGGGAAAAAACAGGAAAAAUCCGGGAAAAAAGGCAAAAACCAGCAAAAAACGGGGCCAGAAAGGGGAAAAUGGAGAGCGAGGAAGAGGAGGAUGAAGAGGAGGAGGAAGAAAAACCCAAAAAAACCCCAAAAAUUCCUCCCAAAAUUCCCAAAAAAGCCGAUUUGGGCUCGGAUUCCGAGGAUUCCGAGGAUUUGCCGCUGGCGAAAUGGGCGGGAAAACGGCAAAAGCGGGAACGGGAGGAAGAGCAGGGGAGGAGGAAGAGGAGGAGGAAGGAGGAGGAAGAGGAGCCGUGGUGGAAACCGGGAAAGGACCCGCCGGAAGUGGCGCGGCUGAAGCGAUACCUCCGAGCCGCUGGGGGGCGCCCUAACUACAAGCAGCUCUUCCGGAAGUGCCGCAGCCGCCGCGAGGCCCUGGAGGCGCUCCGGGGCGCCCUGCGCGACCUCGGCCUCCGCGGCACCCCCUCCCUGGCCCGGUGCCGCCGCCUCCGCCGGCGCCGCGAGGAAAAAGCCGAACUCGCCGCCCUCGACGCCUCCAACAUUUUACCCGCGCGAUCCCGCCGGAGAAACCCCGAAAAUGCCCCAAAAUCGCCGCCGAGGUCGCCCCUCCCCCCUCCGGACUGGUCGCGGCUCCGCGGCGUCGUCAGCUCCGACAGCGAGUGAAGGAAAUCGGGGGUUUUUUUUUUGGGGGGAAUUCUUGGACUUUUGGGUUUUUUUGGACUCAGCGUUUGCGCCGUGAAAAUGCACAAAGUCGCCAUAAAAAAAAAAAAAAAAAAAAUCGCUGCAGAAACGAGAAAAUCGCUGUGGAAAAUCCCCCGAAAUCACCAGAAAAUCACCCCAAAAAUCGCUCUGAGAAUCCCCAAAAUCACCCCAAAAAACUGCCCCAAAAUUUGCUGUGAAAAUCCCCAAAAAUCGCUAAAAUCACCAGAAAAUCACCCCAAAAAAUAGCCCCAAAAAUCGCUGUGAAAAUCCCCGAAAUCACCAGAAAAUCACCCCAAAAAUCGCUGUGAAAAAUCCCCUAAAUCACCCCAAAAAUAGCCCCAAAAAUCGCUGUGAAAAAUCCCCAAAAUCACCAGAAAAUCACCCCAAAAAUCGCUGUGAGAAUCCCCAAAAAUUCCCCAAAUCACCAGAAAAUCACCCCAAAAAUAGCCCCAAAAAUUGCUGUGAAAAUCCCCAAAAAUAGCCCCAAAAAUCGCUGUGAGAAUCCCCAAAAUUACCCGAAAAAUUGUCCCAAAAUUGCUGUGAACAUCCCCAAAACCACCCAAAAAAUCGCCAAAAUCACCAGAAAAAUCAACAUAAAAAUCACCAAAAUCACCCAAAAUUCAAACCAAAAAAAUCACCAAAAUAACCCAGAAAAUGCCCAAAAUUACCCCAAAAAUCAGUGUAGAAAUCCAAAAAAUCACCAAAAAAUCAACAUAAAACCCCAAAAACCACCCAAAAAUCAACAAAAAACACCCAAAAAUCAACCAGAAAAUUCACCCAAAUAUCACCCCCAAAGUUGCUGUAAAAAUCCCCAAAAUCACCCCAAAAUUCAUCCCAAAACCACCUAAAAAUCCCGAAAAACGUCCCAGAAAUUGCUGUAAAAAAACCCAAAAACCACCCCAAAAUCAACCAAAAAAUCACCCAAAAAUCAAGCAAAAAAAUAUCACCAAAAUCACCCCAAAAUCAGUGUAGAAAUCUGAAAAAUCACCCAAAAAUCACCAAAAAAUCAACAUAAAAACCGCCAAAACCACCCAAAAAUCACCAAAAAAUCACCCAGAAAAUCCCCAAAAUCACACCAAAAACCAAGGUAAAAAUCCCAAAAAUCACCCAAAAAUCAACAAAAAAACACCCAAAAUCACCCAAAAAAUCAAUGUAAAAAUCCGAAAAAUCACCCAAAAAUCAAAAUAAAAACCCCAAAAAACACCCAAAAAUCAACAAAAAAAUCACCCAGAAAAAUCCCCAAAAUCAGCCCAAAAAUCAAUGUAAAAAUCUGAAAACGCACCCGAAAAUCACCCAAAACAUCAACGUAAAACUCCUGAAAAUCACCCAAAAAACACCCAAAAAUCACCAAAAAAUCAACAUAAAACCCCCAAAAACCACCCAAAAAUCAACAAAUAAAUCACCCAAAAAAUCCCCAAAAUCACCCCAAAAAUCAAUGGAAAAAUCUGAAAAAU